CUUUUCCCCAUGUUUUCUUCUUCACAGAGCUUCGAACACACAGUGAGAGCUUAGAAUGAUGAAGCUAUUUCCAUGGCGUUUAACCGUUCAAGCACAUGGUAUCCUCUAUUACAAAAUCCCCUCGUUAUCAUUCAUCAACUUUACCCCUUCUCUGUUCCAUUCUCAGCCAGAGCAAGAAGAUAUAUUCGACCCUCCAUUUUCCUCCACCUUAAAAACCCAUAAACCCAAGAAAUCGAUAACAGAAAAGCAUGAAAAUGCUGCAUCUAAUGAAGAUUCUGAAAAAGUCCUCAACUUUACUGUCAAUUCCGACUUGCCCUUUGAUUUUCGAUACUCUUACUCUGAAACCAACCCGGCAGUUGAGCCAAUUGGUUUCCGUGAACCGCCACGGUUCUCUCCGUUUGGACCGGGUCGGCUUGAUAGAAAAUGGACCGGAACUUCAGCUCCGCGUUUACAGCCGGUGGAUUUGGAGAAAGUGGCUGAGGAGCGACGGCGGAUCCUCGGAAAACCGCUCUCAGAGGAGGAAACGGCGGAGCUGGUCGAGAAGUAUCGUCACAACGAUUGCUCUCGUCAAAUGAAUUUGGGGCGGGGUGGAGUUACUCACAAUAUGCUGGAAGAUAUCCAUAACUAUUGGAAGAAGGCUGAAGCUGUAAGGAUUAAGUGUUUGGGAGUGCCAACUCUUGACAUGGAUAACAUAUGCUCCCAUCUCGAGGACAAAUCAGGGGGGAAAGUUAUCUAUCGCCAUAUUAAUAUCUUACUCUUAUAUCGUGGUCGACAUUAUGAUCCCAAAAGUAGACCUACUGUUCCUGUGAUGCUGUGGAAGCCUUUGGCUCCAAUAUAUCCGAAGCUUGUGAAGAACGUUGCUGAAGGCCUGACAUUUGAAGAAACGAAGGCAAUGAGGAACAAAGGGCUCAAUGCUCCUCCUUUAACGAAACUCAGCAGAAAUGGGGUGUACGUGAAUGUGGUGGGCAAAGUCAGAGCGGCUUUUGAAACAGAAGAAGUUGUUAGAUUAGAUUGUACCCACGUGGGAACAAGUGAUUGCAAAAGAAUUGGUGUUAAAUUACGGGAUCUGGUACCAUGUGUUCCUAUCUUGUUCAAAGAUGAGCAGAUUAUUCUCUGGAGAGGCAAAAGAGAUGAAGAACAGAACUCCGGCUCCUGAAUAGAACUUAAGCUCACAGAUGUCUUUUGAAAUUUCGGGCUUCCAUCUUGGAGCAAGGCAUUCACAAUCUUUAUUUGGCAAAUGAAUCUGCCAAGGCUUCUCGACUGUUGCUUGAACUUGUUAUAGAAGAACUGACCAUUAUGUUCAAUGACAUUGCCCUGGGUUUUGCUGAUGAGAUGUGCUAAAUUAGGCAGCUCAGAUCACACCUUACUCACAGAUGCCAAAGAAAUGCAAGCAGGGACUAGUUGUUGUUAUUAAUGCAAUACCAGUCCUCUUUCAGCAGGUGAAAAACUAGUUUCUGAAAUCCUGUAGUUGAUAGACUACUACUCGAGUUACAUGUAACGUUCACGCUAAAGCUUCUGAAUUAUAGAUGUUUUCUACAGAGCAAUUAGUAAAA